CAGACCAGCCUAACCAACUGUUGACAGAAACAGCAAACCCUAACCUGCAAGACAAACCACCUUCUCCCUUGUUUGGUCUUCUCCCUAUCUCACUCUCUGCCUCAACAAACCCUAAUUCCACUCUCAUAUAAUUUCUAAUAACAACAACAAGCUAAUAAAACAAAUUGCUAUGCUAAUUAUCAACUACAAUAACCUCUCUUUCUAAUACCGAAAUUCAACAAAAGACAAUGUCACUGGAUACGCAUAAAAGACCUAAUGGUAAUGGUAAUGGUAAUAGUACUGGAAACGGUGUCGUACUGCCAACACAGGUAACACACAGACUGAGAUUAAACCCUAGCACCGAUCACAAUCCGGAAAGUUACGAUGACCUGCAAUUGGAAUUCAGUCCUCUUCUUUUCAGCUCACUUGAGCGCUACUUGCCUCCUUCAAUGCUCAAUUUGUCACGUGACUCUAAAAUCCAAUUCAUGAAGGACAUUCUCGUUCGCUAUUCUCCUGAGGGGGAACGCACUCGUAUCCAAAAGCAUAGAGAAUAUAGGCAGAAGAUUAUAUCAAACUAUCAGCCUCUACACAGGGAGCUGUAUACUGUCAAUGCUGCAAAAUUUUUUGUCCCUUCAUUUCUCAAAGCAAUCAACGAAAACACAGAGGAGGGUUUUAGAAAUAUAUGGGUUGAACCCACACCAGGAGUUUAUGUAUUUGAAAUGCUUCAACCAAAUUUUUGUGAAAUGUUGAUGUCUGAGGUGGAAAACUUUGAAAGAUGGGUUCAUGAGACAAAAUUCAGGAUAAUGCGCCCAAACACAAUGAACAAUUAUGGUGCUGUUCUUGAUGACUUUGGUCUUGAAACCAUGCUUGACAAGUUGAUGGAUGAAUAUAUACGUCCCAUGUCAAAAUUGUUUUUUCCUGAGGUUGGCGGAUCAACUCUGGAUUCUCAUCAUGGCUUUAUUGUCGAAUAUGGAGUGGAUAGGGACGUUGAACUUGGUUUCCAUGUGGAUGAUUCAGAAGUUACUUUGAAUGUCUGCUUGAGUAAGCAAUUUGUUGGUGGAGACUUGUUCUUCCGUGGUGUACGUUGUGAUAAACAUGUGAAUACUGAAACCCAAGCGGAGGAAAUUUUAGAUUAUGUCCAUGUUCAAGGGCAUGCCGUUCUACAUCAUGGUCGCCAUCGGCAUGGUGCCAGAGCUACAACUUCCGGACAUCGGGUCAAUUUAAUUUUGUGGUGCAGAAGUUCAGUCUUUCGGGAGCUGAAGAAAUAUCAAAAGGAUUGUUCUAGCUGGUGCAGAGAGUGUCGACGUGAGAAAAAAGAAAGGCAGCGUUUGUCAAUUACUGCUACCAAGCUGGAAUUGCUGAAGAGGGAUCGUAUAUCUGCAUCUUGAGUUGGUCUACCAGAAGCUUUGCUUGUUUAGCUAUAAAAUGGCACAAUUCCUCUCCUCGUCAACCCAGAGGGAUUUUCCUUUGUAAAUUUUAAUACGUUUUUUUGUUGUUGGCUAGGCUUUUGUUGCUAAUGUGGGUGGGGCACAUAGCGUAGUCUGUCCAUAUUCUGCAUUGCUUCUUUUCCCAUUAAAGAUUCACCUCUGUAAACUGCAGUAUUGUUCUCUGUGUCAUCCAACUUGAGGGGAAAAUAACAAUCAUGCGUGCGGUCAUACUGCAAUGUAAUUUUAGCUAAUGAAAAAUAUAAUUGCUGUGCAAAAAUUGAUCA